CCUUGCGUCAUUUACACACCGCAGCAACAGGUGUGGCACCGCCGCAGUGUUUGUCCCUGCCCGGCAGCCGUCGGAGAGGUGGCUUCUGUCAACAACACAGAACUGUCAGACAACUUCUGCUUUCACUGCGCAGCACUGGUCGGAAUAAAUCAGUGUCUCUGUCGUGACUUCUACAGACAGUUAUCCGGACUCAUUCACACAGCUCCGCAAUUUUCUCCCGAGUUAAACCUGGCAGUUGGUGUUUAAGAAAGAACAAGCACUUGAAGCCAGAUGAAUCAAAGAGGUAUCGAAACAGUACAGAGGAUUAUUCGUGCUCCUGGAAACUGGUUUAUUGUUGAGGGUGACCAAAAGUCAAGAGCUUUGGAAAAAUGUUACUAAAGAUGCCUUCACUGUCCUGUGGAAUGGAGAGUCGGAAGUGAUGGAGAACAGAGAGGAGAGCCCUGCAGAUGAUGCAGCCCCCACACCUCCAGAUCAAGGAUUGCUCCACAUCUGGCAGUCAACGGGCCCCAGUGCGCAACUCUGUCCAGAGAGAGUGCUCCUGUCCAGGCCUGUCUUGCAGGCCACCCUGGGAGAACACCAUGGACUCUUGCUGACACAGGGUGGACAGGUGUAUUCUUUCGGAGAGCUUUUGUGGAGGGAUCUGAGCAUCCCGGUGUCUGCUCCGGUGCUGGAGGUCUCUCUGCUGGGGAAGACGGUGGUCCGUGUGGCGGCUGGUGGUUUCCACUGCGGUGCGCUGAGCGAUCAGGGCAAUGUCUACAUGUGGGGGGAGAACACUGCAGGACAGUGUGGUCUGACCGAGAAGGGCUCAAUCACAAACCUCACAGUUCCAGAGCCUUGCCAAGUCACAGUGGUGGACAGUGAGGUUGUUCCUCCAGCAGUGGUUCGGGUGUUGGAUCUGGCUCUCGGACGGGAGCACAGCUUGGCUUUGUCGGCCCAGAAAGAGGUGUGGGCGUGGGGCAGCGGCUGCCAGCUUGGCUUGGUCACCAACAACUUCCCUGUUUGGAGACCACAGAAGGUGGAGCACUUGGCAGGCAGACAUGUCAUUCAGGUGUCUUGUGGUGCCUACCACAGCUUGGCCCUGGUUCGCAGUUUACCUCCACAGAACAGCCAGAAUCCAGCUAAGUUAACUGAGAAGAGGGAGCGGGGUCGGUCGCCUCACUAUUCAGUGACAGAAAGGGAGGAGCCGCUAGCAGUUGAUGCUGGUCACUACUGUCCGUUGGGGGUGGAGCUUAAUGAAGUCACAACAGGCGAGACCUCUCCCAGAACAAGAGGACCCAGACGAAAGCUCCAUUCUCGGGGAAGGUCAGCUGGAAGCAGCCCUGGCUCUGCAGCCGGUUCAUGUCCAUUUUCUGAAAAUGGCAAAUCUAACACUAAACAUAAAAAUCUUUCAGGUGGGCACACUCACCCUCUCACUGACACAGAUGGCAGCCCCAAGUCUCAUUUGCUGUCAGGCUGGGAAGCCAAUAAGAACUCUGCUUUCCCUGACGAGCUAGAGCUUCAGAAUCUCCUUCAGAAACUCUCUAGUCACUCAUUUGAGAUGCGCCACACCACCGGGCCAGGAGAUACCGACUCACUGAGCAGUUACACUUCCGAUGACAGCUGUGUUUCCUCAACUCCUUCCACGGAUCUAUUGACUUCCAGUUAUAAAGAUGACUCACCAAUCAAGAGUCAAAACAACAAUGGCGUGGCCGUGCCGUACUCCUCCUCCCCAGUGUGUUUGGAAGAAGUUCGGCUUUGUCUGGAGGCGGAGAAGCAGACACUGCAGGGGCAGAAAAGCUCCAGUCUCACAAAUAUAAACCAGAAGGGCAGAGCAGCAACAAACCGGAGAAGCUCCCUGCCUGGAAUACCCACCCGUGGGUCUCCAAGGCAACUGCGGUCUUGUGCCUGCAGGCCAUCCUCUGCUGGUUGGUCCCAGGUUGCUGCGGCUGAGGAGGCUGGAGAUGGGCUGCCAUCUCUGGAGACAGAAGUGUGGAGCUGGGGCCGCGGGUCUGAGGGACAACUGGGCCACGGAGAUCAGCUUGCUAGACUCCAGCCUCUGUGUAUCAAGUCUUUGACAGGGGAGGAGGUGAUCAAAGUUGCCACAGGGUCACACCAUUCACUGGCUCUCACUGCUCACUGCCAGGUGUACUCAUGGGGCAGCAACAUGUGUGGACAGCUCGGUCAUGUCAACAGUCCUGUCACUGUACCUCAACAGGCAAAGCUGUCUGAUGGUCUUCGGGUUUGGGACGUGUCAGCCGGUCAGAGCCACUCCCUCCUCCUGGCUGAUGGAGACUGUGUCCAGCCGGUCCUGUUGUACUGUGGCCAGCAGCAGGAGCCAGCGUCAGCACCGAGUCCAAGGUCCAACCAGAGUCAAAGUUCAUGUCAGAGGUCCCCCAACAGAGCGGAGAGUUACACAGUCAGACCCACCCUGCUGCCCUUCUGCAUGGAGAUGGGUUACAUCAGCACUGUGUGCAGCGGCGGUCAGAACUGUGCGGUGCUGGCAGACCAGAACGUCAUGGGUUUUAUCUCAGCUAUCCAUGAGCUGGCCUCCAGAGAAAGACAGUUUUACUGCUGGUCAAGCACCGUCAUGGAGCGCCUCCUCACACCACUACGCAACAGAGAGAUUGUGUGUCCGUCGUUAGGUGACCCGUGCACUCAUCUCUUCUUCUCUGUCUGUGAGAGUUUUGUUCGUCUGAGCGUCCUGAUCGGUCGACACUCCACGUCACUCAGCUACUUCCUGCAUGAUGUGCAGGGCUGUGAUGUCACUUCCCUUCCCCUGCUGACACAUGCUGAGCACUUUACGGACAUAUAUAAAGAGUAUUGUUCGUCAGUAGGGGACUUCCACGUGAUGGGCGGAUUCCGAUCGCUCCAUAAACUCUCACUUGAGUGUUUAGGCUCUCAGCAGACCAUGCUGGCUCAGCUGUGUGUAUCAGACCAGUCUGACAGUGGUGAUGUUGAUCUGGGUUCCUUGUUGUACUGGCCUCUGCAGCAACUCCACCAGUAUAGCCGAGUCCUGCUCAAACUGGCAGCCUGUUACGAUGUGUUAACUACAGAGUAUCAGUCCCUUCAUCAGGGCUGUGGCCAGUAUGACUCCCUGUCUUUGUCCUUGUUGAGGAAGAAGAAGGAGGCGGAAACCACCUUCCUCUUCUGGAAGACCCACUCUGGAAAAACUACUGAGGUUCUGCGUCUCCCACAGCGUCGUGUGGUGUGUGAAAGCAGCAACAGAUCUCUGACUCUGCAGAAUGCUGGGCGGUUCUCCAACCACUGGUUCAUACUACUCAAUGACACACUGGUGCACACACAGGCUGCCAUUCCCUCUCAAAGCCUUUUCUCUACACAUCACGUAUACCCUCUGACCUGUCUGUGGGCAAAACCACUUACCGAAGACUGCAGCGGACUCUAUGCAAUCAAAAUUACAUGUCCAGAGGAGAGUUUCACCUUGGUGGCUUCGACACCACAAGAAAAGAACAAGUGGCUGCGGUCUAUUAACCAGGCGGUGGAUCAGGUGCUGAGUGGUGCAAGUCAGGGGUCGUCGCCAGGGAUGACAGCAAUGUCUCGCACUGCCUCAUACACGUUCACAGCAGAGGGACGGUUUAAAGACGCCCAAUACACCGGGAGCUGGCUGGCAGGACGAGUUCAUGGCAGAGGCACCAUGAAGUGGCCAGAUGGACGGAUCUACAACGGGAACUUUAGGAAAGGACAAGAGGAUGGCUAUGGAGAGUGUAUAAUACCUAACAAAGUGCUGAAGAAGCCAGACAUCUACCAAGGACACUGGAGAGAUGGCAAGUUCCAUGGUUUCGGCAAGUACAAGUAUGCCAGUGGUGAGGUGUACGAGGGCUGCUUCUGUGAUGGGCACCGGCAUGGUUAUGGCAUGCUGAGCUCCGGAAGGCUGACCAAGAACUCCUCCAGCGUUUUCAUUGGCCAGUGGGUCCACGACAAGAAGACGGGAUAUGGAGUCUACGAUGACAUCACAAGAGGUGAGAAGUACAUGGGACUGUGGUUGGACGAGCAGCGGCACGGCAGCGCUGUGGUUGUCACCCAGUGUGGUGUGUACUACGAAGGGACCUUCAGAGACAACAAGAUGUGUGGUCCAGGUCUGAUGAUGUCAGAUGACGACACCGUUUUACACGGGGAGUUUUCUGAUGACUGGACUGUCAACGGGAAGGGUGUUUUAUUCCAGGCUAAUGGUGACUGCCUGCAGGGCCUGUUUAGUGGAGAGUGGACCACAGGGCUGAAGGUGGUUGGAACUUACACCAAACUAGCUGCAGAUGAACCAGAAAACAAAGAGAGAAACAGCCUGCUCAAGCUGGGUCAGUACAUGGUGCCUGCAGGUCAGAGGUGGCUCUGUGUGUUUGAUGAAUGUUGGAGUCGACUGGGCUGUGAUGCUCCUGGGAGAGGAGAGAGGUCUGCGGCCUGGGACAACAUUGCUGUUACCAUAACAACUGCACGACGACAAAGCCCAGAUCUCAGUAGGUCUCAGCGUAAAGUAUUGGAGUGUUUGGAGUGCAUUCCUCAGCACGGAGAACCGGUGACCACCGCAAACUAUGACAACAUACGAAGAUACCUCAUCAAGGCAUGUGAGACCCCUCACCACCCUCUGGGCUGGCUGGUGGAGACGUUGGUGACGGCCUACAGGAUGACUUACGUCGGCGUAGGAUCCAACCGCAGGCUGCUCAACCAGGCCGUCCAGGAGGUUCUGGCCUACCUUACACAUUUCUACAGCAUUGUCAGGUUUCUGUUUUCGGGAUUACCAGAUGAUGGUGGCAUUAUCCCUGAUCCCCCUGCCUCUCCAUCUCAAAGCAGACGCAGCUCUAAAAUAGCAGAGCAAAACAGUGUUGUGGUGGUGAGCUGCUCAUCUCUGCUCCUCCCACAGCUGCUUCCUCGACUCUACCCUCCUCUCUUCACCCUGUACUGCCUGCAGGAGGAGCAGAAGGAGGCCCAGUACUGGGAGCGCGUCCUCCGACUCAACAAACAGCCCGACCAGUCGCUGCUCAGCUUCCUGGGAGUGCAGGAGAAGUUCUGGCCAGUGUGGAUGUCAAUUCUGGGAGAGAAAAAGCAGAUUGUGUCCAGCAGUAAAGAUGCCUGCUUUGUUUUUGCUGUAGAGACACUCCAGCAAAUCAGCACCACCUUCACUCCGUCAGACAAACUCCUCGUCAUCCAGAAGACAUUUGAGGAACUGACCCAGGAAGUAAAACCUAUGCUAAAUAGCAACUUCCUCUGGUGCAUGGAUGACCUGCUCCCUCUCUUCCUCUAUGUUGUGCUCAGGGCAAGGAUCAGGAACCUGGGAGCAGAGAUCAAUCUGAUAGAAGAUUUAAUGGAUCCCAACGUUCAGCACGGAGAGAUGGGACUGAUGUUCACCACACUGAAGGCCUGCUACAUCCAGAUCCAGCAUGAGUCGGCUGUGUAGGAGCAGAAAGCAAGAUACCACACGGUCAACAAACAGCAAUACAUGCACUGUCGGAAGAGGCGCAGUGCUUAGCACAUAGAAGCUGCCAGAACAAAACCCACCAGUAGUCUACUGGAUGCCGCUGGGAAGCACUCACACAUGGAGGGAAGGGAGAGUGUCACUCUUUCUGUCAAACAGAGAAAAGACGUCUGUCACCUUGUUACUGUUGAUCUUUUCAGUAUGUUACAGCACACCAAAGUUCUUUCCUUUUUUAUCGUAGACAGUUUUCACAGGAAAGGAACAAGUCACCCUCUUCUGAACAUGUUAGGGAACUGCAUUAGUGUCUACAUAACAUUUGGUAAAAUUUCAUCACAUUAGAUUUUUGGUAAUAAUACAUCAGCUCAGUUUCAACAAUAACAAUUUUGUUGAAACACCAGUGCAGUUUCCAUUUACAGUAUUUUUAUUUUACUGUUUUUCCCUAAAGGGUGAUUGAUUAGAAUAUAGAGUAAGGUCCCUGUGAGGUGUUGGACUGUAUAUUACUCCAGACAAAGGGAACUUACUAACCACAUCACUGAUGAAGUCAGUGAACGUAACGGGUUAUUAACUGGAAAUCUAAAUAAUAAUGUAGAUAUUGCUUUAAAGGCAAGGUACUUUUCAAAGGGAAUGUCGAGGUUUUAAAGUUGUGAUUUCCCUGCGUUUAAUUAACAGUAAAUCUCCAAACACAGUAAAAUGUACAGUAUUUGAUACUCAGUUAUAUAUCAAAUAUAAAAAGUUAAUGAAACCUGCAGUACAGGUACCUAUUGCAUAUGGCAACUGCAGCUCAUUUACCUUUGAGCAGUUGAGACAGCUACAGGAGACACCGAUGGUGUUAAUACGGCGGGGUCAGGGUCAGUCUGAAAAGCAGACCCGAUGAAGGGUUCUGCUUUUUUAACAGAUUACAACUCAAAAUUUGCAUAGUUGGGUUUUUGCGUGAAAAGAGUAAAACAGCUUGAGGCACUUAAUGCAUGUUUUACCAUUUCUUCCUUAGAAGCCAAACCAAAAUCACCAGCUCAGAAAUCUAAACUUCUCAUGCAACAGUAUGUUUCUGUAAAUUAGAUGCAAAUUGUCUUCCUCUGUUUGCAUAUAAAUC